AUGGAGGAACUUUCUCUAGAUUUAGAUAACAAGGAAAAUGAAACCUUAGGCAUCGAACUAUGGGCAGAUGAUAAAUCCACUUUGGAUUCUGCCAAGUCCUACAAAAAGAGAGGUAGGAAAUCCUUAUCGGAGCUAAGAGCCAAUGAGGGAACCACAAAAGGUUGGGGUAAACUCAUGGACAUGUUCCAUGUAGGGAAGGAUUGGAUCCAUUCAAGUGGCAUGAUUGAGAUUAAUAUGGUUAAGGAAGCCUUUACUUGGAAUAAUCAUAGGUUAGGGUUUAGUAACAUUGCAGAGAAACUUGAUAGAUUCUUUGUAUUGGGCAAUCUCAUCAACUUUCCCUAUACCUUGGAUGCCUCUAUUCUACCUUUCUCAGGAUCGGAUCACUUUCCUAUUCAACUUGGUAUUCAGGGCGAGGUUGGUCCAAAACGAUGUCCUUUUAAAUUUGAGAAUAUGUGCUUGAAGGAUGAUAACAUCCUCAAGCUUCUAAAAGAGUGGUGGAAUGUGGCCAAGGUCUCUAGGUCUAGGAUCUUUAAGAUUGUUAACAAACUUAAGAUUAUUAAGCAGAAUCUCAUUCAUUGGAAUAAGGAGCACUUUGGCAAUAUUUUUGACAAUAAAGACCAAGUGGAAGUUGAGUUGGUAGAAUUUAAUGAGAAAGUGAUGAGACAUGGGAUGGAUGAGGCCCUAUUUCUCAGAGAAAAGAAACUCCUUGUAGAUCAUGAAUCUAUUCUUGCCAAAGAAGAAGUCUUCUGGAAACAAAAAUUUAGAGAGACGUGGUUGGAGGAGGGUGAUAAGAACACCAAAUUCUUCCACAAUAGUGUGAGGAUGAGAAGAGUCAUAAAUCAUAUCUCCAAGAUUAAGUUAAGUGAUGGCUCUGAGGUGGCUAACCCUAAAUCCAUUGCGACAGAGGUUGUAGAUUUCUUUUCUCUUAUCCUCAAUUCCGACUGGAGCCCUCACGGCUCUGUCCAUGACAAGUUUAUCAAGUGUAUCCCAAAGCUUCUAAGUAAGGACCAAACUAAUUUUCUUACUGCUAAAUUUUCUUUAGCAGAAGUAGAAGCAGCUCUUAUGGAGAUGAGCCCAAACAAAUCCCCUGGCUAG